AUGUUUGAGUCCGUUGGCGCAUGUCUGGCUUUCCCGCAAGAUCCUGUCCUGACUAGACUUCUCGCUUCGUCUCACCACAAGGCCAAAAGUUCGGAAACCAUCAUCUACGAUGUUACUCGCGGCUUUCAGAAGAGUUACCCCGAGCUGCUCGGCGACAUUCUUCGAACGGCAUAUCUCAUCAGAAGAGCAUUGCCGCAGUCAAUGCUAAACGACCAAGGCUUUCUGAACGACGGUUCCUCCCCGUACAUUGGCAUCCUAGUGCGGAGCGGCUACGAGUUCAUCGUCGCCUUCUUCGCGAUUCGGGCUGUGGGUGGCGCAUGCAUGCCCAUGGCGUCCGGCAUCCUCCCCGAAGAAGCACAUCACAUCAUCUCUAAGUCCAAAGCUACACUUCUCCUCGUAGGCGACGGCUGCACGGAUAAGGCAGCAAGCAUCUCCGCAUUCGUCAGAGGACAGGGAAAUAGCUUUGAGUGGGCAGCUAUCUUCAGCGAGUCGAGCGUGAAGCUCGACCGAAAUCUGAUCAGUAUCGACGCUGAAAUUGACAACAGCUUACGACUUAGCCCAAGAGGCCCGGGCAUCCUCCUGUUUACGUCGGGAACCACCGGUCGGCCCAAAGGAGUCGUUCUCCCACGGUCAUGCUUCGGCUUUCCCGACAGAGUCGGAGCUUCAGCGAGCGGUGUCGUCGUGAGCCACCGGGCCUGUCACUGGAUCGCCGGAACCACGAGCCUGAUCUCACCCAUCCUAUCGGGCAAGACGCUCCACAUACUCGGCGAGAACACCACGUCAGAAGAUAUUCUAGACGCUUUGUUGCGCCUCCAUCCCACCCAAAUAUGCUUCACUCCGACCAUCUUGCGCGAGAUGAAAGCCUUGGUGCUGUCGAGGGGAGGUCCGUUGGAACAAUAUGCGGCGGGGUUCCAGAACUUGUCGCAAGUCAGAUGUGCGGCCGCCCCCAUUGAGCCUUCACUAAGGGAGUUUUGGACCGGAUUGACGGGCUUGCCGUUUGAGAACAUCUACGGCUGCACAGAAGCAGGGGGUGUUAUUUGCCGAGCGGGCUCUAUUGGCGCACUGCUCCCAGGAAACGAGUUGAGGCUCUCGGAAGGACACCGAGGGGAAGUCAUGGUAAAGACUCGGGGCAUGUUCACUCACUACCUCGGGGACGAAGAGAAGACAAAAGCCUCGUUGGAUAAAGAUGGUUUCUACAAGACAGGCGACACCGCUGAGCUCAAAGAUGGCGAAGUCAUUUUUACCGGCCGAGACACCACUGACUUUAUAUUCUUUCGCUAUUUCCAAAUCCCAGCGCUAACUGUUGAGGCUUGCCUGAUGGAGCUGCCUUACGUGGCAGAUGCCUGCGUUCUAGGGGUACCUUACCACGAAGCCCGCCAACUCUGUGGUGCUGUCAUCCAACUGCGGCACGAUGGCACGCAACGGGCCGUCAAUCUGGCCAGCAUUCGAGCCGACCUCGCUGGCGUCUUGCCUGCGUAUAUGUUGCCUGUUGUGCUUCGUGUCUUGGGGGAUGGGGAGCAGCUGCCGCGAACGCAUUCUGGGAAGCCGGUCAAGAAGAAAAUACUCAGCGAGCUAUUGGGCUGUACUGAGUGGUUCCCAGCGGAUAGUUUACCCGAACGUGUGGAAUAUUGCGGUUCUUGGCCGGUGAUCGAUGAAAAGACCGCCAGGCCGUGGGACUUGGGGGGGAUGCAGCGCGCACGGUAGGGGGUUAGUUCUUG